GUGAUCCGGAACCAGUUCCGCCGCCUGUUUGGUUCACAGCACUUAAAAGAACACUUGGGAAAAACAAUAAAAAUAUUUCGCAAAAGUUAUGGCGAACGCUGGAUAAGCCAGCCAAAAGUAAAUCCAUUGGAGCGACUGCCUUGGAGCCCCAGCCCCCCCAUGAUGACGACCGACUUCGCGGGCAGCCAGUUCGUGUCCAGCAAUCCCAACGCCAGCUGCAGUGCAUCCCGCUGGCUAACGGAGGAGGUCUUUAAACUAAUCGAAAUUGUGCAGCGCGACGAGGCCAUCUACAAUCCGAGGCACAAGUACUACUUUUGCCGGCCGUACGUGGAGAACUUUUGGCGCGAGGUGGACUUGAAGCUGGAAAAGAAUCCGGGCGCCAGCCUAGCCAAGUGGACCAAUUUGCGCAUAUCGUUCCGACGAGAGUACACCAACUAUCUGGAGGAGAAGGUGCCACCCUGCUGGUCCUACUUCGACCGCAUGUUCUUUCUGCAUCCAUAUCUACGCAAGAAGCACCAGCAGCCCAAGUCGCUGGACACACAGGUGCAGGACGCCCUGGCACACCUCUCGAAUCUUUCCAGUCGUAUGCAGCGUGAGCGUUCAGUGACCAUUCCGGGCAGCAGCAGUAUUGGUGGCCAGCCCACGCCCUCCGCCCAUCAGUCACCACCGGCGCAGCAGCUGGACAACUAUCUGGACUACUUUGACGAGGCGGAGCACAACAACUCCGAGCUGGAUGACAUCAUGGAGGAGGAGCAGCAGCGCAACAGCCGUUACCACAGCCAGUUGGACGGCAACGACAUCAAGUCGGAGUGCGAGGAGCCGGUGGACGAGUACGAGCAAGAGGCGCACGAGCCCGAGGAGGAUGAACAGGAUGACCAGGACCCACACAAGAUGGCGCCCACUUCGAGCUCUUCAUCAGCGGAGGCCCAGCGUCGUUAUGCCAACCAGCAUUCACACGCUAGCCGAAUGCUUUCGGGUCGCCUCCAAAUGCGCACCUACCACGACGAGAUGCGUGGCGCUAUUCGGCCGCGUUCCCAGGAACUGCAAGCUCCAACUGCAGCAGUGGCCGGAGUCAACUACUCCGCACAGCCGACUGCCCAUCCAAACAUUUCCUUUGUGCGGCCCACUUUCAGCAAGCCCGUGGAUCUGGUUAGCACUACAACGCACGCCGGAGGAGGAGGAGGUGUUCCAGGAACUGCUGGCUUAUCCGAGCCGGAACUGCCCACACCAUCCACCGCGGCAGUGGCCACCCCGAUGGCGCCCAGUAGUAGUGUUAGUGCCAGCAGUAGUAGUAGCUACUUGAGUCAACGGCAUGGACACAACCAUAUGCAUGGAGGACAUCCACAGGUGCCGCCGUCAGCGCUUCCUCUGCGUCUGGAAGCCAACAACCCGUCAGGCGGAUCCGUGUCCAACGGCGGUGCGGAGCUGUGCGACUGCAAGACCGAUCCGGAUGCCAUGUUUCUGAUGAGCCUGCUGCCCGACAUCCAAAAGCUGAACGGCCGUGAUCGCGGCAAGAUAAAGAUAGCCUUCCAGAACAUCCUGCAGGACUACCUGUAUCCGGAUUAGCGUUGAUCUCUGUGUAUACCUUCCGCUUAUCGCAAACGGAACCCAGUUCCAGCAUCGAUUUUGUUUAAUAUUCUCGUUUGUAUUUUCGUUGGAGAAAGAGAAGAAUCCUUUAAGCUUCGCUGUGCAAGAACAAAGUAUCCUUAAAAACGUUUUGAAAACUA